GAGGCAAGAAGACCCUUGAGGCCAAAUGAGGCGGCGCCGAGCAUCUGGUAGUUUAGUCCCAAAGACAUCUUCUCCUGCCAUUGAAACAAGAGUAGACAAUUCUGGCUUAAUUGAAGCCCAAGUAGGUAAUCUGGUUGAGGACUUGAAAGGCACUUCUUUUGAUGCUCAAAGAGAUGCAACAUUUGAACUCCGGCUGCUUGCAAAGCAGAGUAUGGAAAAUCGGAUUGUUAUUGCAAACUGUGGAGCCAUUAGCUUGUUGGUGGACUUGCUCCGGUCUACAGACAAAAGGGUUCAAGAAAAUGCUGUCACAACACUUCUGAACUUAUCCAUCAAUGUUGAGAACAAGACAGAAAUUACUGCUGCAAAUGCAAUUGAACCUCUGAUUCAUGUCCUUGAGACAGGCGGUGCUGAAGCCAAGGAAAACUCAGCUGCCACUCUCUUUAGCCUUUCGGUGAUUGAGGACAACAAGGUUCGCAUUGGAAGGUCAGGGGCUAUUGGGCCUCUAGUUGAUUUACUGGGGAAUGGGACUCCCAGAGGGAGGAAAGAUGCAGCCACAGCUUUGUUUAGUUUGUCAAUUUUUCAUGAGAACCGACGUCCAAUAGUUCAGGCCGGUGCUAUAAAGUACCUAGUGGAGUUGAUGGAUCCAGCAGCUGGACUGGUUGACAAGGUAGUGGCUGUUUUAGCCAAUCUUUCUACAAUACCUGAGGGAAAGACAGCAAUUGGUCAGGAAGGUGGGAUCCCUGGUCUGGUUGAAGCUGUUGAGUUGGGUUCUGCAAGAGGGAAGGAGCAUGCAGCUGCUGCUCUUCUACAGCUCUGCACAAGUAGUGACAGAUAUUGCCGUAUGGUGCAACAGGAAGGAGCUGUUCCGCCUUUAGUGGUAUUGUCACAACAUGGCACCCCAAGGGCCCAAAAAAAGGCAGAGUCACUCCUUAGAGUCUUAAGUAAAUGAGUCCUGUAAAAUGCUUCUUAUGUGAAAGUGGGAAUAAGAGUUUAUACCUGUGAGUCUAGCUGCUGUACUGAGCUUGGGAAAGAAGAUGACAAAGGAAUAAUUUGGUAUUGUUUUGUAUCUCGUGCCCCAUUUGUCUAGUUCGUAUUCAUAUCAAUAUAUUUUGACGCGUGCAUGAUUGCAGUAGCACAUCAAAAGGCUCUGUUACAUGCUCUCUCGUUAUUCUUGCAAUGAAAUAUGUUGUCUUUGCAGGCA